AUGCAAAAGUAAGUAAAUGGAAUGAAUAAGUCUUUCAAUCUCAGUCGUUAAUCAUCUCUAUCAUCUCAAAAAUCCAGCUCAGAUAAACAAAAAUAAAAUAAUUCUUAUAUUUCGUUAUCUCCUCGUUUUGAUCCGGAGAAAGGAUUGGCUUUUGAAAACUGCAUUAAAGAGGUUAAAAUAAAUAAUGAUGAAACAGAUGAACCUUAAUAACAGACUUAAGGUUAGUAAAAAGUUGGAAAAAUAUAAAAAUAAUCAAGCUUUACCUUAAAAACAGCAAAGGAUGAAUCAAUGAAAAAAAGCUAAUUCAGUAGAAUUUAAAGAGCAGAUAGCUUGAAUCCUUAGAAAAGCCAAUGA